ACCAAGCUUAUAUUUGCUUGAUUCACUUCUAAAAGAGAUUUUAAGUUUUGAGGCUAUGAAGUAAUGACUGGACAUGUUACCCACUUCAGAAGCUGCAUUUUUCAAGAAAAGAGCGCAUAGAGAAUUAGCAGAAGAAGAUUUUGUUGUACUAAAGAAACCUAAAACUGACGGUAUGGAGGAUAGAAAAGAGAAUUUCUCACAGAUCCAUCCUGUCUCUAAUGGUUUUGUUGGAUCAAGGAACACUGUAGCCAAAAAGUUGGAGAUCAAGAAUCUGAAAUUUAAACCUAUUCUCCCAAAAGAUUUUCAGGAACGGAGUUGGGAGAAACUAAAGAAAGCUGUUAUCGCUAUUCAGACCGCUAAACCUAUUGAUACAAGUUUGGAGGAACUAUACCAGUUUGUGGAAAAUCUUUGCAGCCACGGAAUGGCUGAGAAGGUGUACAGUCAGCUCAAGGGUCUGAUAGAAGAGCAUGUGGCGGAGACCGUGGGACAGUUCCUUGGAGAAUUCCAGGAUAAACUUAUCUUCAUGAAGAAGAUGAAUGAGGCCUGGUCCAGUCAUUGUCAUCAGAUUAUUAUGUGCAGGUGGGAUAUUUUUAUCCAGGUAUGGCGUGUCCAUUUUGUUGAGAGGCAUGGAGAUAUGAUCGAUAGAUCGUUGAUAAAAAGUCUACUAAGAAUGUUGGUUGAUCUACAGAUCUACAAGGAUGCGUUCGAGAUUAAAUUCAUGUCCGCAACAGAGAGUCUGUACGCAGCUGAGGGUAAGCAAUUGGUGAACGAACUGGAUGUUCCGAUAUAUCUUCAUCACGCAGAGAAACGACUAAGGGAGGAGAAUGAGCGACUGCUCCACUACCUGGACAGCAGCUCCAAGUGGCAGCUUAUUCAUUGUGUAGAGAAGCAGUUGCUCUCAGAGCAUCUCAACACUAUUCUAACCAAGGGGUUGGAUAUACUAUUGGAAGAAAAUCGAUUGGAAGAUCUCUCUCUAAUGUACACUCUUCUUUGCAGAGUGUCUACCGGUAAAGCCGACCUGUGUUCUAAGAUGGCUGAAUAUGUAAAGAAACGAGGGAAAAUUAUUGUGAUAAAUCCGGAGAAAGACAAAACUAUGGUUCAGGAGCUACUAGACUUCAAGGAGAAGCUGGAUCUCAUCGUUGAGAAGUGUUUCAGGAAGAACGACAAGUUCGUCACUUCGCUCAAGGAUUCAUUUGAAUCGUUUAUCAACCAGAGACAGAACAAACCCGCAGAGAUGAUUGCAAAGUUUGUAGAUUCCAAGUUACGGGCUGGGAACAAGGAGAACGCUGAGGAGGAGAUGGAAAGGUUGCUGGAUAGGAUCAUGGUUCUCUUCAGGUUUAUCCAUGGUAAAGACGUGUUUGAAGCAUUCUAUAAGAAGGAUUUAGCUAAACGACUUCUUGUUGGGAAAUCAGCAUCAGUAGACAGUGAGAAGAGUAUGCUGAGUAAACUCAAGGCUGAAUGUGGGGCUGGAUUUACCAGUAAGCUGGAGGGAAUGUUUAAGGACAUGGAACUCUCUAGAGAUAUCAAUAAUGCAUUCAAACAGUUCCUCAAUCAUAACAGGACUGAAGGUGACAAGGUGGACCUGACUGUAAAUGUUCUAAGCAUGGCAUUCUGGCCAACCUAUCCCGUCCUUCAGAUACACAUCCCUCCACAUCUAGCCAAAUAUCAGGAGAUAUUCAACACAUUUUACAAGAGUAAGUACGCUGGGCGUAAGCUGCAGUGGCAGGCUAGUCUAGGGCACUGUAUACUCAAGGCCGAAUUUAAAACAGGUGGCAAGGAGCUCCAAGUCUCUGUCUACCAGGCUCUGUGUUUGUUGAUGUUUAACGACUGCGAUGAACUGACACUAGAUGAAUUGAAGGAGAGCACAAACAUUGAAGAUGGAGAGAUCAGGAGAACACUGCAGUCUUUGGCGUGUGGCAAGGCCCGUGUGUUGACGAAGAUUCCGAAGGGGAAGGAUAUUUUGGACGGAGAUAAGUUUGUCUUCAACAACGAGUUCACGAAUGCUCUCUACAAAAUCAAAAUUAAUCAGGUCCAGAUGAAGGAAACGAAUGCCGAGCAGAAAGCUACAGAGGAGAGUGUGUACCAGGAUCGACAAUAUCAGAUUGACGCGGCAAUUGUGCGCAUUAUGAAGACGAGGAAAACUUUGAACCAUAAUCUUCUUCUCACUGAGUUAUUUAACCAGCUAGAGUUCCCGGUCAAACCAACAGAUUUGAAGAAAAGGAUAGAAUCCUUGAUAGAUCGAGACUACAUGCAGAGGGACAAGGAUAGCUCCAACCAGUACAACUACGUUGCCUAGAUCAGCUCUAUCAUUAUCAACAUCAUGUUCAUGAUAACAUCAACGUUGUAUAAAUCAAUAGAAUUGCCUAGAUCAUCUCAAAAAAUAUAGUUCCUCCAAUUUUAUGGCGGGAGAGAGUUAAUAUUUAAAAAACAUCCAUUUUAGUGAAAUAUGCUUUUGUAAUAUUAAUCUUUGGAAUAAUAUUUUUUUUGUUCA